AUGAGUAAAUCGUCGAAAAAAAAAGAACAUAAAAGUAAAAAACAUCAUCGCCGUCAUUCAUCAGCUUCAUCAUCAAAUUCAAAUAAAGAUGAAGAUCAAUGGCAAGAAAUGGCUCAUGAUGAUAAAAGUAAUGAUGCACCAGUUAAUGCCGUUAUCAAAGGACCAACAAUGCCAUCACAAGCUGAUUUAGAACAAAUAGAAAAAGAAAAAAGUACACCAGUAGCAUUUGCUCUUGAACCAUUUAAUUUUGAUUCAAUUGGAAGUUAUCAACGAGAAAAUAAACAAGCAAUAAAAAAAGCUCAAACAACCGCCGAAAUGGAAGCAAUGAUGAGUGAACGUGAAUUAAAUCCAAAUUUACGUAGUCAGCCACAGGGAACUCAUGAUUCGAGAAGAAAUAAAGUUGGUGAUGCUGGUGUUGAAUGGCAUCGACGAGCUUAUGAACGAUUUAAAGAACAAGCUAAGGAACAAAACCGGCCUUUAAAUGAAAUUGUUUCUGAACGAUAUGGAUCUAUGGAAAAAUUAAUGUCAUUAAUAAAUGAUGCUGAUGAUUUUGAUCGUGAUCAUCAUCAUUAUCAUCAUUCAUCACAUAAGAAAAAAUUUCUUCAUCCAAAUGAAAAAGAUGAUCGACAUCAUGAUCAAUAUCAUCGUCACCACCAUCAUCAUAAUAGUCAUCGUCAUCGUCAUCAUGAUGAAAAAAAAUCAUGGAAAAGACCUACAGAUGAUGAAGAAAUAUCUAAACCAAGCAAACAAGCACGAACUGAUGUCGAAGAAGUAGAAGAAGAAAAACAAGAAGAAUUAAAAUCAGUUGUAGAUAAACCAGAAGAAAAUGAAUUGAUCUCAGAAGAAAAUCUAUUAGAAUUACGAAAACAACUUAUACGAGCAGAACUUGGCGGUGAUGAUGAAAUGAUUGAAUUACUUCGUAAUGAAAUAAAAAAUAUUGAUAAUCUUCGUGGACAUUCACAACAUGAUCCUUCUAGUGAACAACAAUCAUCAAACGCUCCAAAAGUUCUUGUAAUGACAACAAUUGAUCGUUAUGGUGUCGAAAAACCAGUUCAUAACGCAUAUGAACCAGGUAAUCAACGUCAAUAUGGUCAUGUAGAUAGACGUGAUAAUAGAAAAAUGAAAAAACAAGUUAAAAAAAUGCGUCAAAAUGAUAAAGAUCCUGAACGAGAAGGUUUAUCAUUACAUGAUCUUGUUGAAAUGGAGAGACAUUCAACAACAAAUAUGAUGCCUGUAUUACCAAGUAAUCGUAAUAAUCCAAAUCUAUCUUCUGAUAGACAAAUAUUAGCAUCAACACGUCAUUUAUCCGGUUGGGCACGCAUACAAGCAUUAGCUGAUCAAAAAAAACGACAACAAACAUUCGAACAAUGUUGGUUAUGUAUUGAAAAUCUUUCAAAAUCAUAUAUUUUUGGUUUACUUGAUCAAUGGUAUUUAUGUGCACCACCACAAGAAUCACUUGUUGAAGGACAUUGUUUUAUUGUACCCAUACAACAUUCAUCUAGUCGAUUUCAUUUAGACGAUGAUGUACUUUCUGAACUUGAUACCUUGAAACAACAAUUAACUGAUUUAUUUCGUAAAAAUUAUAAUCAAUUACCAAUAUUUAUUGAAACAUUUAAAAAUCCUCGUUUAUUACCACAUAUGUACAUUGAAUGUAUUCCAGUUCCAAUUGAUCAAGCAAAUUUAGUUCCAAUGUAUUUUCGUAAAGCAUUACUUGAAAGUGAAUCCAUGUGGUCAACAAAUAAAAAAUUGAUUGAAUUAAAUCAUCCACGUUCACGUACAUUAAAAUCAGUUUUACCCAAAGGUUUACCAUAUUUUUGUGUGGAAUUUCCAGUUGAUAAAAGUAAAAAUGAUAAUCAUAUUUAUGGUUAUGCACAUAUGAUUGAAGAACGUGGACAAUUUCCGUUAUAUUUUGGUCGAGAAAUUUUAGGAGGUUUAAUGCAACUUGAUAAUCCAUUAUUAUGGAUGAGACCAUCUAGUAAAGAAUCAGAUGAUAUUAUUGAAAAAAAAUGUACAUAUUUAAAACAAUUAUGGAAAAAAAAUACUACUAAUUUAUCAACAUAG